AAUACACCUUUGUCCAAGACUUUAGGUCAAGUUUGGCAACGUCGGCUUUGGUGUGAGUAACGGUUGUUAAACUUGUAAUCUGCUUUCAUUCAUAAUUUGAAUUGGUCGUGUUUGUGUGUGCAUCGUCCUGAAAAUUGUGUUUUUUUUUUGUUUUCAAACUAUUUCGAACUGUUUUUUUAUCAUGGAGCGCCAAUGCUGUGUUUGCAAGCUGCGCAGCCUGCAGCCUGAAGCAAAAGGCUUGUCUUUUCAUAGAAUACCUGCUGAACCUACGAGAAGGUCAAUAUGGGUAUCUCUUCUGGGGUUCGAGAAAGAUCAUGAGCUCCCAAAAUGUGCUGCUAUUUGCUGGAAACACUUUCGACAAAGUAAUUUUGUGAUCAUGGGUGAUGAGGUUAGGCGUCUUAGAUCUAAUGCAGCUCCAAUUCCUGUCCAUUCUGCCUUUUAACUCGCAAAGAGCAUGAGUUCGGAGUCAUCACUCAGUGUUAGCACUUUUGGUAGUCCAGACAAGGAACCUCCUCAAGUUCAGAACCACAGUCAGAAAUAGACACCAUUAAUAUUCCGGCUACUUCUGUAGAUGGAGGUUCUGCUAAGAAACGGUGACUACAUGUUGAACUUACAUAGAUGAUCGCUCACCCAUGUGAGGAUGGAAGAUUGCUCUUAGGCGAAAACUUUAUGAAGAAAAUCAGUUAGUAGUUAUUUUGAAUGAUAGUUGGGGACAUAUUUCUAAAAUAUAGAUAAGUAUAUAGUGUAUUCCAUGGUUGGGCCAUUUUUUUUUAAUCGAAAGCUAUACUUUUUAUUAGAUACUUGGAUAAGCCUUUUAAAAUACCUAAUUGGCAAUUAUCAAUGAUCGAUAAUAUUUAUACAGGUUAAGAUUUGAAGAAGUCAUUGCCUGUGCUGGGAAAUCUGAUACAGCUUCUGCAUCAGAUACUGAAGAACAGCUGACUCAUUAUUUGAAGGUGCAAGAAAAUGACGACGACAGAUUAACAAUUUUAUCAUGUGGCAGUGGGAGAGAAAUAUUUGUUACUGACACUGGCGUCGAUAUGUCACACAGCAAAGAGUAUUUGGACUUUGAGCAAGGUAUCAAAAAUAAUACAUCAACAUACCUGUCCUCUUCUUCUGCCUGCAACUUGACAGAUUACAGUGAAAAUGUUGUCAGUUAUAUUUCUGGGUUUGUUAUAAAAACAAUAAAAAAAUGUGUCACAUGUUCAAAAUGCAGCAGCACCUUAGAAAGUGAUACAGUUUUCUCUUCAUUACAGAGGAUUAAACAAUAUGGUAAAUUAAUCAAGGCCUCUCAUUUUGUAAUCCAACUGUGUACUGCAGCAGAAAUAUAUUUCCGAUUUUUCCACAAACCCACAAACAUUUUCAUUAGAAAUAUCAAUAAUUUAUUCGAAACUUUAAAAAUUGAUACCAUCAACACUUUACCGCCAGAAAUUUUAAGCCAUUUUGAUCACCCUUUGUUCGAUGAUGAUCCAGUGGAGGGCAUGCAAUACAACUGAUAGAGCUUGUACUUCACCAUUAUUUCAAACUUUACCGCCAGAAAUUUUAAGCCAUUUUGAUCACCCUUUGUUCGACGAUGAUCCAGUGGAUGGCAUGCAAUACAACUGAUAAAGCUUGUACUUCACCAUUAUUUCAAACUAAGGAUCCAUCAUGAAACUAACAAGCACAUGGACAAAAACAAGAUAUACCGGAUGUCCAAAACCACCUUUUGCAUCGAUAAACAUGGAUAUUUAGUAAAACCGAUAAUUGUCUUUUAGGUAAAUUGGGUAUGUUCUUUGGAUUGUUUCGUACUGGAAGAAUUGAUAACUCCUUUGCUUUUUUGCACAUUUUAUUUAGUAGACGUAUAGAUUUUAUUAAAGUUAGCGAAUUUGUUUUUUAUUCUAUUAUUUAAUGGUUAGCGUAUAAUCAUUUUUCAAAUUAAUUUGCUUGUUGUUGUUUGUAAAACUCAAAUCAGAAUUUUCCAUUAGG